AUGUCGAAAAGAUCAUCGCACAAGUCAAAGGAUUAUGCUUACGCGCAGGGGGAAAGCUCCAGAAGUAGUCGACAACAACCGACGCCAGUAGGUGCUGAGUGGUCCCAAUGGCUGCAAGAUCCUCAUGGUAGAUGGUACAUGUGGAGGUAUGACAGUCGACGAGAAGUCGAGUACUAUUACCACGCCGAAGAUGCAGCGGCCCCUAGAUCGAAUGUUUUGAGUUCAUAUUCUGAACAGCCAGACGACAAGCAAGAUCAAUAUCAAAUUAGCUCUAGCCAAUACAAUUCAGCCAGUACAAGUUAUGCAGCUGGCUCGGGAUAUCCUCCUGAUACCAGCAACUCCACGGACUACAAACUUGAUGACAACGCAGCUGGCGGAACAAACAGUGUGGCCUCUCUCAGCAGCAGUCUGGCACAAACGAGUAUUGGCUCCGCGCCUAACUUAGAGCAAGGCCAAGAGCAAGAAGCCCCAGAAGGGUACGACACUAAUUCGGCGAAUUAUAUUAUGACAGGAUCGCCACCGUCAGCUCAAUCAACGGCCCCUUACAGCACAGGGGGAGGUCAUGGUUAUGGAAUGGGUGGCCCAUCCACUAUGACAAGCAAUUACACCACAUCCGCGGGAUAUAAUCAAGCCUCGCAACAGAGUUCGGGUUACAAAUACUCCUACGACAACCCCCAGACCUCAACGACUAGCUACAAUUACGGACCAUCAAGCAGCGGGCCCACCGGAGGCUACUCGUCUUAUAGUGCUACAGCUACCCAGCAAGAUCACCGUGCGGAAUCUUAUGUGGACCACGAUUCAAUAGUGAGUGAUAUUGAAAUCACGGCCCGCCAGGGUAACGAUCGACUUGCGAGACAUGAAAAUUUUAAAGUGUACAAAUCGAAGGAUUUUAAACCUGGUUAUGUUUUCAAAGUUUUAUGGUCUGAGCCAAAAGGGGAGACCAAUCGCUCGAGGAACAAUGGGACAAUAGUAACGGAUGAGUCAUACGAGACGCAUCAGGGUCAGCAGAUUCAUACCAAGAUGCGGCGAUUCAUUAUCGUUGGUGUUGGCAACGGGCACAAUCGUUGCAUUCCGAUCCUCACUUACGGCUUUCAAGGUACCGGUAAACAUGGAGCCAAACCCCAUGAACAUGCGAUAAUCCACACCGGUGAAAUACCGCCACAAGCUGAGUCUCCGUUGAUGAGAAGCCCCAUACGGAUGGCGCCAAAGAAUCCUCGCGAGAAAUUGGAUCCCAUGUCAAGAAUACACUACGCUAAAACGUAUACGGUGGAGCACAAUCUCCGGGUUCUUAUAAUUGGCAAGAUCCACGGAAAUUCCGAGCGAACCUUUUUAAACGACUUCAAUCAGAUUCACGAUUCAAUAACAGGCAUGGUUCCUGCCGAUGAAAAUGAGGGACAGUACGAGAAUUAG